UGAAUUGGACGCUAGCUCAAAAACCCAACAUUAGCAUGAAUUUCGUCUACAAUAAUUACAACAUUACAAAUCUUUUCCGAGAUAAUUACAUUGUUCUCUGUAAUAUCGUAUAGCUUUGGAAUCGUGAUAUUACGUACUUUUUUAGGAUAAUAGACAGGUUUCUCGACUCAUACACUGACUUCAAGAAGGGAUUGCGAUACGAUUAGCUUAGCAACUGCGUGACGCAGCAUGACAACGUGGACACGAUUGGUCGACCGUCUGUUCGACCGGACCAGACAGUGAGCCAGGCGGAUAGCAUCUCGAUUGCUAAUGUCUGACGGUGUAUUGAGAGGUGCAGAUGCUGUCCCCGAUGCGGGCGCCUGUCGUUUGAAUCCGGUCGAAACUCCAAGAACCAAUACAGGCAGAACCAUGGACAGAUCCUGUAAAAAAUGGUCAGCCUGUGAUGUGCGUGGGUGAGGAGGAAAGCGGGUGAGGAGAUGGGCUGCACCUCGGCCAAGCAGGUGUCGGCAGUGCCAAGUGGUGAGGAGGGCCGCAGUAAAGCCUACAGUAAUGGGGACCUUCUUUCCGACGAGUACAAAAAAGGAGUGGAAAAGGUCAAGUAUAUCAAUGGAGAAGAGGAAAGACUGAACACCUGCAACCAGGACAGCACGGAGAAGACUGCCUUGCUCACUAGGGUCCAACGUACAGAUGACACAGGAUCAAAUGGCAAUGGGAAGACACAGAUCCAUUCUUCAGAGAGCCAGCAAGAGUUCUUCAGGAUGCUGGAUGAGAAGAUAGAAAAGGGGCAGGACUACUGCUCAGAGGAAGAGGAUAUGACAUAGCACUGAGGUCCGCUAUCUGCUCCCCUGAGAGGAAGGAUUUGUCCAAUGGAGGCUGGUGUCAUUUCAGCCAUUACGAUGAGCCAUUCCAUUCCAGCCGUUACAAUGAGCCCAUCCUCCCAUUUCUCCCUCCACCUGCCUCCACUGGAUUUUUCCAAUGGCAUGGACAGACUGUACCACAUAUACCUUACCCUAUGGCCCCUCCUCCUUUUGGACUGGCCCGUUUCGUGGAUGGAGGGGGAGACACGUUGACCCAAAAUCAAGCACCUUUGCUUACCACACUGUCUAUAUCUACAACCGUCUCCCCGUAACAGAUGUUUGAGUCCAUUGCGACAAUGUCCCCCCCCCCCAAAGGAGCAAUGUUUCAAGUCAUGGCUGGGACUACUUCCAUGCACCAGGCAUAUCAUUUUGAACAACUCUCCAAGUCUGUCGCCAUGGUUACCCUUCACACUGAGUACAGCAGCUGCUCUAGACUCUGUGACUGUGGUCCUUUAAAAGACACUGGACUUCCAGUCAUUUUGAACCCAUGUCAUUGACUAAAGCCACGACAAAUCACCAUGAUGGACUGGUGGUAUCGGUCUCAAAGAACAUUUGUCAAUCCUUAUCUGAUUCUGAUUGGAUUAUGAACAGUGGAGGUAAUGGAGAGCAGAGGAAAAUGAAUCUGGGAAUUAUUCCAGGGUCGUAUUCAUUAGGCACCAAAUGGAAGAAAACGUCCUGAAACAGGGAGGGCCUUUCGAAAAAGAAGUGGCAGUUGACAUUUUCCAUUAGCAAAAUGUUUUUUUUUUCUACAGUGUUCCCUAAUGAAUGCGAUCCAGGUGGCUGAAACGUUGAGCAUUGCAGAUAGAAACACGAAUACAGCUGCUGAUGCUCCUUAUCAUUGCAUUAUAUCAUUAUCUCUAUGUAGUGUAUAUCUAUCUGCAACAUUCCAAGCGUGCCACCCCAAUGAACACACCCUUGGAGGGGAAACCGGGGUUACUUACUUCCUGCAUUCCAAGACACUUUUUGAAUCUUCUUUUCUACAGUAUGUUCAUAUGCGAUUCAUAGUCUGUCUAUGUCUACUUACUUCACCAUGUAGGGUAUUCUUGUUUAAUUUUAAUGCUCAGGGUUGAAGUGUUCUAGUCAUUGUCUUUUGUAGGCGAGCCUACCUCUUCAUUAGGCUUUGUUGUACCAUUUGUGUACACACACACACACAGUUAUUUCCCUAGCACCCUACUGUCACUAUCUGUUCUUCUUACCUGUUAAUAAGACCACCUCAGUGUUAAAUCUACAGGCAGUAUACUGUAUUAGGAGCAUGGAUCAUGCAAUGGUCUUUGCAUUUGUUGUCAUGGUCAUUUUUGUGUGCUUGUUUUUCCAUGUUCAAAUGUAUUUUUUAUUUUUUUUAUUUUAGUCAACUAAAAAAACAAGAAAUGUUUUCAGGUCACCGUACUAUAAUUUGUCCAACAAAAUGGUUGCACGUACAGUUCUUGUGGUGUUACUAUUGCCUAAUGAUGCACAGGCACAGUCAAGUUUUUUGUUACUGUAGUCUUUAUCUGUCAAUGUCAAAUGAUGGCGUAGCAAUGAUAUAAAUGAAGUAUCCACGGCA